AUGUUCUCUGAAUAUGCCUCGCGCUUCCUGGCGCAAUCACAGAGCCGCCUCUCCUUCACGCAGCAUGAGCCAGAUCCACGCUCUCGUAAUCCUCUCGACCGUCGGCGUCCACCUGCCUCGUCUUCUCGUUAUGUCCAACGCACCUCGAUGCCUACGCCGUAUCAGCCCUCGGGCUCGUAUCUAUCUCGCUUUCCCUUCGCUUCCCGCACACGACACGACGUCGAGAUGCCGCUGUUUAGUGCCAACGAGGGCUUCGAUCAAGAAGACGAAGAAACGCAACACGAGCGUGAGAUGACCGACUAUCUAGCUUUACAAAAGUCUCGCCGCAACUUCAUCCCCAGCCAUCUCAACGAGUCGUCCGAGAUUGAAGACCACAACAUCGAGUCCUCGAACUUGGCGUCCCGAGCCAAUCUGUCAAACUCAAGACACAAGUCGGCCAUGGUGGAUGUUGAGCUUGGCUCAACCGACAACGACGAUGGCUAUUCAGACUUCGAUAGCAUCGACAGAGAACUUGAUGCUCGCCCGCCCGCCUUCCAGAUGUUCCAGCCUUCAGUACCUCCUCCACAGUCCACCUUCCUGCCGCAAGAGACAGAUCCGGAGACGGCCUUUGCUCACCCAAGGCCCCAAAGUCCGGAUGGCGACAGCGUGCCGCCGACCGUGAUCCUCCCUGCACCAGAGCCGCCACAACAUGAUAUGUUUUGGGCUCAGCUAUACAAAAUCUGCAUCUUUGCCAUGUUUGCGACUUUCAUCUUGGUCUGGUUCCAUACUUCAGCGCCAAACUCAAAGAGGCCGCUAGGAGACACCAUCUACUCUGCUCUGACAUCCUCCAUCAACCUUUUGCUCUGGGACACAGUCAUCACCGUUAUUGUUGCUAUGCUCUGGCUUGCUCUACUUCGCGAGUAUGUGCGUGUCCUCGUCUUCCUCAUGCUCGUCUCUGUCCCCAUUAUUCUUUUCUCCUUCUCGCUCUACCCCUUCAUUGCAAGCUACAAGGGUGCUUGGCAUGGAGCCAGUGUCCAGGACAAAGUCAUGCGCUGGUUCUCUUUCGUUCCUGCGGUCAUUGCAUGUGUCUGGGUUUACUCGGUUUACAAGGGACGUCGCUCGCUCGGCAAGGCAAUUGGCAUUCUCGAGUUUGCGUGCAGAAUUGUCAGCGCUUCCAAGACUUUGACCUUGUUAGGUUUUGGCACAUUGGGAGUCGUCGUCUGCUUCACCUGGAUCUGGAUGGGAAUGUUCACGCGACUGUUCCUCGGUGGUCACAUGUCCAAGCUUCAGACCUUCAUCAUCGACCUUAACACGUGGUGGUUGGGCUUCUAUUUCGUCAUGAUCUAUCUCUGGACACUGGGCGUGAUUGCCGGCGUGCAAAGGGCCACGACUGCUGCCACUGUCUCACAGUGGUACUUCCACCGUUUAAGCGUACCUGCACCGUCAUCGACCACGGUCGUACGAGCCUCGUUCAUGCAUGCAACUGGACCCAUGCUCGGCACCAUCUGCCUCUCAACCUUCCUAUCGUUGUUGAUCCGCUUACCUUUGAUCAUCCUUCCCCGGCGCAUCGCUAGCCUUGUAACCCUCUGUGCAUUCUCAAUGGUGCCUACGUCACUCGCUGCUCUCACCAAUCCAUUGACGCUCACCUAUGCUGCCAUUCACUCGCAGUCGCUCAGCAUCAGUGCAAGAGGCUUGUCUCAACUACACUUUGUCUCCGAUACUUCGCCCACGACUACCUUGAACCCUUCGGUCUUUGCCGCACACCCGGGUUCUGGUGGUACCAUGAUGCCCUACCGUCUGGCCAAGCUGCUUCUACACGCAACUCGCUUCAUCAUGUCAUUUGCUCUAGGCUUUGGCGGCUGGGUUUCUACAGCACGUAACGUACAGCUGGCAGGUGGCGGUUUCAAGGGCAGUCUCUACGCCUACAUCGUCGGUCUGAUAGCAGCUACGAUCGGAUGGGCGAUCCUGGGUGCUAUAGAAGGCGUGAUCGGCGGUGUUGUCGAUGCAAGCGUAGUAUGCUGGGCCAGCGAAACUGGCGGCAGAGGAGGUGCAGGCGAGGCGAGAUAUUGCCGCGAGGCGGGCGAGCUAUUCGGCGAGGGAGAUUAUUAG